AUGGGCAGAUUAAACCUGAAACAAGCAGUUAUGGGCAAGACCAAAGACAACUGGGCACCCAGACUUAACGAUCAGAAAAAGUCUGCUAUUUGGGUCAGGGUUUCUCCAGUGAAUCCUGGGACAAGCCCCCAAAUAAAAGUGGCCCUUGAGGCUAUUGCUGUUCUCCAUAGUAGCUACUUUGGGUUCUUCCAAACCCCUCGCUAUUAUACGAAGGAAUUUAAUGCACAUGUUUCACUUGAUGCUGCCAAUGAGAAACAGUGCGGUUUUCCUACCGUGGAAAAUGGAAGGAUUGCCCAAUAUUAUUAUACAUUUGAAAGAUUUUACUUCCCCAUGAGCUUAGACAAAAAAAUACCGUUCUUCUGUUUGGCUGGCUAUGCAACUGAAAGUGGGAAGCAGGAAGAGCAAAUCAGGUGUACAGCAGAAGGCUGGUCUCCAAACCCAAGGUGCUACAAAAAAUGUCUGAAGCCUGUCCUAAGGAAUGGCUAUGUCUCAGAUGACAAAGUACUCUACAAAAUUCAAGAGACUAUGCAUUACGGUUGCACCUCUGGAUAUAAAACCACUGGUGGGAAGGAUGAAGAGGUGGUCAAGUGUCUUCCGGAAGGGUGGUCUGCUCAGCCGUCCUGCAGGCAAGAACAAGAGACCUGUUUGGCCCCUGAGUUGGAUCAUGGAAAUUAUUCCACGGUGCAGAGAACGUUCAAAGUGACAGACAGAGUGCAGUAUGCAUGUGCUGCAGGCUACUACACGGCUACAGGAAAGCAGGCUGAGGAAGCUGAGUGCCAGGCUCACGGCUGGUCCGUCACACCACAGUGCAACAAAUUAACAUGCUCUUCUUUGAGAUUAAUAGAAAAUGGCUAUUUUCAUCCUGUAAAGCAAACCUAUGAAGAAGGAGAUGUAGUUCAAUUUUUCUGUCAUAAAAAUUAUUAUCUAAGUGGAUCUGAUUUAAUUCAGUGCUAUAACUUUGGCUGGUAUCCAGAAUCUCCCAUAUGUGAAGGAAGAAGAAAUCGAUGUCCUCCUCCACCUGUGCCUCUAAAUUCUAAAAUUCAACCACAUUCAACAACUUACCGUCAUGGAGAAAGAGUGCAUAUAGAAUGUGAGCUUAAUUUUGUGAUUCAGGGUCCAGAAGAACUACUCUGUGAAGAUGGGAAGUGGACCGAACCUCCAAAAUGCAUUGAAGAAAAGGAGAAGGUAGCCUGUGAGCACCCACCCUCUGUUGAGAAUGGUGUUGCACACCCACACUCUGAGAUUUACUACAGUGGAGAUAAAGUGACAUACAGGUGUGGAGGGGGCUACGGUCUCCGAGGAUCAAGUACGAUAACUUGUAAUCGUGGCCGAUGGACACUGCCCCCUGAGUGUGUUGAAAAUAUUGAGAAUUGUAAGCCUCCUCCUGACAUAGCAAAUGGUGUGGUUGUUGGUGGGUCACUGGCAAGUUACACAACAGGAUCUUCAGUGGAGUACAGAUGCAAUGAGUAUUACUUAUUGAACGGAUCGAAAACAUCUCUCUGUGAACAAGGAACGUGGUCAUCUCCACCUGUUUGCUUGGAGCCAUGCACUAUUGAUGUGGAUCACAUGGACAGGAAUAACAUACAGAUGGAGUGGAAAUAUGAGGGCAAGAUUUUACAUGGAGACCUAAUAGAUUUUGUGUGUAAGCAGGGAUAUGACUUGUCACCGUCAACCCCACUGUCUGAGAUAUCUGUGCAGUGCAAUAGAGGAGAUGUGAGAUACCCCGUCUGCAUUAGAAGAGAAUCUAAAGGGAUGUGUGCAUCUCCUCCAGUGAUAAGAAAUGGAGAUUUUGUUAGUUCAGUAGCCAGCAUCUAUGAAAAUGGCUCCUCAGUAGAAUACCAGUGUUUUGAUAAUCAUUUCCUACAAGGGUCUCGGGAUGUCUAUUGUGUAGAUGGAGUAUGGACUACACCACCAUCCUGUCUAGAGCCUUGCACAUUAUCAUUUGUUGAAAUGGAUGCAAAUUAUUUACAACUGAAAUGGAAUUUUGACAACAGACCGCUCAUUCUCCAUGGCGAGUAUAUCGAAUUUUUGUGUAAGAGGGAUGCAUAUAUAACUGAAACAUCUAUUGCUGGGUCUGAACUUCGAGUGCAGUGUGACAGGGGAAGGCUGAAAUAUCCUAAGUGUACUCCAAGAGACGGGAGUCUGUCCUUUCAGGAAGCAUUAAGGACCUGAAGACAAAUUAGAAGAAAGAUAAAGAAUAUUCUAACAUAUGAAUCCUAAAAUGAAUAAAUCAUUUUAGGAAGACUGUGCUAUGUUCAGUGUUCUAUGGUUUUAUUUUUCAUAAAAAUGUGCUCAAUACUUUUCUUAUUUUUAAA